AUGGCAGAUUUAUUGAAGGUAACGGAUAUAGUAGUCGGAAUAGCUUCUCAGUUGUCUACUAAGGACUAUUUGAGUUUUCGCCAGGUUAAUAAAGAAGUGUAUCACGAGCACCUCUCAGAAACCAACGAUGCUCGCAUUUGGUCGUCGAAACUCAAGGAGCUAGGCCUUCAUGAGACUGAGAAUGAGGAAAAAAACACUAUUGCUCAUCCCAAUGCAGCAAAUAUUUUUGGCGAAAUUACUACUUUCACAUUACAGUCCUCGAAGACUGUCUAUUCGCAGUACUACAAACAAUUUCAGAUUUUCGUUGAAAAGUUGUACCGCAGCGAGCUCAAUGGCUUUUUCCCUGCUCAGUACUCUGACCCAUUUUCGCAAGCAUGCAUUUUAAACAGUCUCGUCAAGUACAUUCCUGCAGAGACUAAGGACUUUUCUCAGUGCCGUAAAGCUGCUGAAAAUUUAGGCGUUCUUAAAGGCUUAUUCGUGAACACUGCAAUCAAGGAAAUGGAUCUGGCUUACGAGAGCGAAGAGUUCGACGCUGUGGCUGAUUUCGUCGUCGUUCUGUCAAAGUGCAAUGAGGAAAACGUAGCUGCCGACAUUUUUAAGUCCAGAAAUGAAUUCGCAACGGAAGUGGAGCUACCUAGUUCAGUUUUCGAUCUUACUUCCAAUGAGCUUGAUAUUCUACAAUUCCAGGUCACUUUGAGUCAAAUCAGCAAUUUCUUCAACUCCAAAAUAGAGCUCGCGGAUAGAAUCUUCGGUGAAAGCUAUCCGGUAACGCUUGGCUACAUCGAAAACAUUAUUGCCAACAAUCUGACAGAAUACUUUGGUUCGCAGCUCAACUCCUCCUUGGAUGGAUCUCUCGCUCCGAUCGAGUCAAUGCCCUUAAUAUACAAGUCCCUUCACAAAGAGGUGGUCGAAAAGUUGGUAUCAAGCCGAAACGUUGGUCCUCGUCUUAAAGACAUGUUUACUGAACUUUUCGAUCUCUAUUUGGAGCCUAAAAUUUUAAGUUACCUUGAUAUCUGCGUGCAGAAGUUUGGUAUUAAAGUUGAACAAAUGUUCUCUAACUUCCAAAAAGAGAAUUCCUUGAAAGAACAGCAGCAAAAUGCACAAAUUUACAAGUCUCUGAGGGAUAAAACAUCAAAUCAGCAAUUAAUUGACGAAAAGAACAAAUUUCUCACCUCCUUUACCAAGAUCUUCAAAAUUUCCAAUAAUGCCAAAACUGAAGAGGAGGAGCAAUUGCAGAUGGCUUACAAUUUGAAUGUGAUGAAUCUGAGUCUAAAUAACAUCCAAGUUCUCGUAAGCUUAGAACUUUGCUACAAGGUCGUGCAAUCGUGCAAAAACUGUAUCGAAGACAUGCGAACUUUCUUACGCAUUAGAAACAUUGAGGGGGUUGUGAAAGUAAAGUGUCAAGAGAUUUUUAAAAUUCUCAUAGCCUGCUUGUCUAAGGACCAUUUCAAACCUGGUUUUGAUAAAGCUAUAGCAGUGCUUGAACAAUACGACCCAAACAAAAUGAAAACGCUACAAGUUGAGCUUGAAUCUAUGGACUCGCAGGUUGAGCCUUUGAUAAAGUUUACGGAACUCAUCAAUACAGGUGAUAUUGUUUUGCAGAUGAUAUCCAUUUUUUACAAAAAUGAGCUGGUCCAGAUGAAUAUUGUUGAUAAGAACCAGGACUUUUUAAAUGACGUUGUCCAAGCUGAGAAGAAUUUUGAGACAAUGGUUGAUGACUAUGUGGCAAAUGGCCUAAAUGUGGGAAUAAAUAAACUAAUGGACGAGGUUCUGUUUGUUUUUGGUACCUUGCAACUCCCAGAUGAUUUCAAUCCUGAUCCGAAAACACUUGCGGGAAAAGAGAUCAAGCCGUCUAAAGCGGCUGUCAAAAAUGUUCAGCUUCUUUCAAAUCAUUGUUUUCUUCUAACAGGAGCUACUGACAAAGGAACAAUUGAUAUAUAUCAGCAAGAGAUCGGUGAACGGUUCUUUAAUGAGAUUGUCAAGAACAUCAAGAAAAACUUGAUUUCCAGUGACGGAGCUAUUUUCCUCAUCUGCGAUCUCAAUUACUACUAUGAUUUCAUUGCAAACACUUUGAAGCAGAAAAAUAUAACACCUUUCUUUGCUGGUUUGAAAACUGUCGGCCAACUGUAUCUGGUAUCUGGUUCCGACUCAAAAGAGCUCGGCAAGAUGAUUUGCGACCUUGGCAGGUUCCAAGGCGUUUUCCGGCAGGAGGAGAUAUACGAGCUUGUUCAACGCAGGACAGACUGGGUGAAGGUUCGGAGAGAUGUCGAAAAAGUGAUGUACGGCUUAGGAGUCAGCGAUUGUACUAUUAUGUAA